AUGGAGGCAGGUACCCUAGCCUUUAAAGACAAGGGGGAGUACAGAGGGACCUGGGAAAACGGCAAGCUCGUCCGCGGCCAGUACCACUACAGCGACGGGUUGCAGUAUGAGGAGCGCUGGAAGUACCUCGUGGACUCUCCCUAUUUCUUUAACGAGCAAGUUAACGAGGACCAGGUUAUUCUGGGGGAGGAAAAAACGAACGCCUUCUUGGAUGACCUUUACGAUAUAGGCGACGGGUACUGCAAAGCUAAGGAGAGCCUCGUGUACGGCUUUGCGGACGACAAGCUGCUCCGGCAGGUGAACGCGCGAGAGAAGAGCUGGAUCGAAAACCACUGCUCCAAGUGCGGCACGUGGAGGAAGAGCACCCCUUCUUCCGGCGCGGACGCACUCAUCCGAGGGGGAGCAGUGUCAGUGCUUCCCCAUCGAUUCUCCCACCGCUCCCCGUCACUCCCCGCCGCUCACCCCCACGAGAUGAUCGACUACUACCACUGCUAUACAAAGAAGCGGAGCGACGUGGGGCUGCCGUGCGGGCUCUCCAAGUCGAGGAGCCAAGUGGUGGGGCGAAUCGAGCCGAACGAAGAGCUGCAGAAGAAGUACAUGUUGAAGGAGAACAUAUACUACAGUGACGAAAAUGUGAAGAAGAAAAGCGAGUGUUACGUAAACAUAGAGAGUGUAAAAUUGCAAAAUAAAUUUUUCUACCAUAACGAAGGGGGGUGGGCAAAAGAUAUAGACGUAAGCGAUCAGCAAAAUAAAGUGAAAUAUGUGAAGAGACUAGAUAAAGACGUAAGCACAAUCAACAGUGUAAAAUUUUUGAUGAAUGAGACGACAAGAAUUAUUAAUAAAAAUAAUAGUAUAGGGAUAUAUAAGGAAUACUUUCAAGAGGAGGAAGAGAGUGAGGAGGAGUUCAAAGUAAAAUCUUUGCUAGUUAUAAAAGACAGAACUGGAAAGUACAAUCGAUAUGUCACAUCAAUUAAGUGGUCUACAGAUAGUAGUUAUAAUUUGGCUAUCUCCUACUGUGUUAGAAAUUAUAAACAAAUUUUAAAUGACUCUCCAAAAAAUUGUCUUCUGUAUAAGUUAAACGAAAUUAAUAGCCCCUAUCAAAUUUUAUUCUCCAAAUCGUUUAUAAAAUGUUUGAGAUUUAAUCAUAAAAAUUCUGACCUUCUUCUUGCGGGGUCUUAUGAUGGCACUGUCAAUUUGUGGGACUUACGGAAGAAGAAUACCCUCUGUGAGUCUUCUUCCAUUCAGGCUAGCCAUAAGAACAUCGUGCAGGAUGUUAUCUGGUUGCAGACCAAGACGAAUAACCACUGCCUCUCCGUUUCCAAUGAUGGGCUCUGCCUCCUAUGGGACAUUCGCAAUUUUACGGAGCACAUCGAGUCUUUCUCUUUGCACAAGGACGCCGGGGAGGUUUGCCAGCUCGUGGAGACCUCCAAUUUGGAUGCCUCUUCGGGGAAGCACUCCCAGGGGAGCGUGGACAUCAGCCAGUUCGUUGGCUAUGCGGCGGCCGGAGGUGGAGCAGCAACGGGGGUGGCUAACCACGCGCUGCCUGCCGCUGACCCGGGCAACUGCGGUGGCGAUCCCACCCUUGGCAACCCCUGCUACAGCGCGAACUGCCUGGAGUGGAACCUCGAGGCGGGCCCCUCCAAAAUCCUCGUGGGGACAGACGAGGGGUACGUGCUGUCCCUCUCCAAGAGGCAGGCCAAGAAUCUGGAGAUGCUCCAAAAGUACGGAGCCUCAAACGAGAAGCACCUGUCCAGCGUCACAAGCGUCAAGCGCAUCCCCAUAAAUCUGAAGUACUUCCUAUCGACGGACAAGUGGGGCUUCAACAUAUGGUCAGAAGACAUAAAAUUCCCCAUCAUUUCGAAUUACUAUAACGAGUGUGUUGUGAACAAAGGCCUGUGGAUUAGGGACUCUCCCUUCUUCAUCCUGGCCAGGAAGGAUGGCUACCUGGACUUUUGGAAUCUCCUCUACAAUUUUAAUGAACCCAUUAUUCAACAGAAAAUCUGCAACUGCUCUGUUACAGAUGUAGAUGCACACGCCAAUAAUAAAUACAUUUCUGUGGGGAAUGAGCAGGGAGACACUCACAUUCUAAAGUUGGGGUGCACCUUCUGCAAGAACACCAGUGAGGAGAAGAACGCGCUCGAUGAGCUCUUCGAGAGGGAGUCCAAGCGGGAGAAAAAUUUGGAGUACAUUCGCAAGCAGCUCAACUGCUUUAGGAAGAAGCGCGAGUGCCUCAACGUGCAGGACGUGGGCAUAUCGGAGGACGUGCUGCAGGAGACGCAGCGCGAGUACGAGGCUGUGUUGUGAGGGGGCGGCUAAGAGGUGCCCCCAAAAAGGAACGGGGAAAAGAAAAGGCAAAAAAGAGGCGGAAAAAAGGCAAAGAAAAGGGGGAAACGAAACGGAGAAACGAAACGGAGAAACGAAACGGAGAAAAAGAGGCGAAAAAGAGGCGAAAAAGAGGCGAAAAAGGCUUCCCCUUUUUAUCUCCCCGGAUUGUUCUUAUAUGGGGUAUGUAUCACCCCCUGACAGUUGCCGCCCCCCCCCGCGGCAAACGCGUGGGAGUGUAUCCACCCAUAUGCACUCGCGUGUGGUUGCACCUUCGCUUUUGUUCCCCAUUGUGCCAACAGAAAUGACCUCCUUUUGACUUUUGAGCAGCACCGCAAAAAAACUUCCAAACGGUUUGCUAAAACCAAAACAGGUUCGAUCGCGGCCCAGUAUUCCUCCUAUACGUAUGACGCUGCCCCUUUUGUGGGUG